AUGAAUCUGGACAAAGAAAUUCUCACCAAUGCUGAAAAAUGGAACAAUUCCAAAGUAGCCAUCAGGUAUCUGCAAAACUAUAAAUUUAGUCCUUAUAUAAAUAACGAGUUAAAGUUAUUCACAGGCUCUGUG